AUGUUCCCCUGCGGCGGAGGCAAGCCGAAGAAAAAGAAAAAGCCGACGCCGAGCCAGCUGCACUACGAGGCGCCGCUGCGCACGGUGGCCACCGUGUUCCCGUCGGUCUACGUGGCCGUGCUCGCGACGCGCUUCGGCGAGCCGAUCGCGCGGCUCCCGCGCGAGACGCAGCACCCGGUGAACCCCGACUUCGACGACCGCGAGUUCGAGGACAUCCCGAAGGAGCUGCGCGACCUGGACGACAAGAUGACGGGCGGCGAGAUGGAGUACCGCGAGCUCAUGGUCGGCGUCGCCAUGGCCGUGCGCGUCUCGCGGCGCUUCGUGGCGACGGCGCUCGACCGCCCGCUCCUGCUCAAGCUCCGGGAGCAGGCGCCGCCGCAGAUCCGCGCGCCGCUCUUCCAGUGCGUCGGCGCGACGCAGGGCGUCUGGGUCUACGGCGUCGACGGCGACCACAUCGUCGCGCUCAUGGCCGACGGCGGCCACUACGCCAUGGACUCGCGCGACCGCGACGCGCGCUUCGCCGAGGUCGUCGAGACGCUCCGCCGCGCGAUCAAGACCGCGCCGCCGCCGCCGCCCCUCGGGCCCGCGCCGCCGUCGCCCCUCGCGGAGCCCGUGCCCCUGGCGGCGCUCUUCCGCGCGCACGACGCGGACCUGGCCGACGCGGCCGCCGCCGCCGCCGCCGCGGCCGACGCGGCCGCGGCGCUCGGCAUGCCCAUCCCCCCCGCCGAGCCGGACGAGCCGAAGGAGCCGGUCGUGUGGGAGAGCCCCUGCGGCAUGCCCGUCCCCCCGCGGCGGCGGAGCGUCUGGGAGGGGCUCAAGGGCGUGUUCUCGUCGAAGCCGCGGCCCAGCAAGGACAAGGCCGUCGACCGCUUCGGCGACGUGUGGUACCUGACGUGACUCGGUUCUUCUUUUUUGGUGUGUGUUGUAAGCUUGUGGAAUUGUAGAACAGGAAUGGUCGUAGUCGUUAGUAGAGUAGCAGCAAAAU